CGAACACUUGCUUUGUUCUGCUUGCAGGGUGAAUUAAUUAAUAUGAAGGAGAUACCGAAUUCGCUGGCAGUUUUCUGCCUGGCUACCUACGGAGAGGGAGAUCCCACUGAUAACGCCAUGGAUUUCUAUGAGUGGCUGCAAAAUGGAAGUGCCGAUCUCACCGGUCUCAACUAUGCUGUUUUCGGAUUAGGAAACAAGACAUACGAGCACUACAAUGCAGUUGGUAUCUACGUUGAUCAGAGACUAGAGGAGCUCGGGGCCACUCGGGUCUGUGAACUUGGUCUGGGAGAUGACGAUGCUAAUAUUGAAGACGACUUCAUCACAUGGAAAGACAAGUUCUGGCCAUCGGUGUGCGAGUACUUCGGCAUCGAGACAAUGGGCGAGGAUGUGAGCAUUCGCCAGUACCAGCUGGUAGAGCACACCGAAAUCAACACCGACCGAGUCUACACAGGAGAGGUGGCGCGACUGCACUCCCUCAAGAAUCAGAGACCACCAUUCGAUGUGAAAAAUCCGUACCUGGCUCCAAUCACAGUGAACCGAGAACUGCAUAAGGCUGGCAACAGAUCUUGCAUGCACAUUGAAUUCAACAUUGAAGGCUCCAGGAUGCGAUACGAUACUGGUGAUCACUGUGCUGUCUAUGCCAAGAACGAUGAUGAAAACGUAGAGAAGCUAGGAAAAUUGCUGGGUGUCAAUUUGGAUACUUUAUUCACAUUAACUAACACUGAUGAGGACUCAAGCAAGAAGCACCCGUUCCCCUGCCCUACAUCGUAUCGCACAGCUCUUACUUACUAUCUCGAUAUAACCUCAAACCCGAGAACUCACAUCUUGAAAGAACUGUCUGAGUAUUGCAGUAAUCCAGAGGAACAAGUAAAACUGAAAUCGAUGGCUUCCACAAGUCCAGAGGGUAAACAGCUGUACAACAGCUGGAUAAUCCAGGACAACCGUAACAUUCUGCAUAUCCUGGAAGAUAUGCCUUCGUGUAAACCGCCCAUUGAUCAUAUAUGUGAACUGCUGCCUCGCCUUCAGUGUCGUUACUAUUCCAUAUCAUCGUCAUCCAAGGUAACUUCAUUUUCU